GAGAGAGAAUCCCAAGCAGACUCCACUCCCAGUACAAAGCCUGAUGCGGUGUCAAUUUCACAACCAACUGAUUGUGAGAUCAUGACCUGAGCCAAAACCAAGAGUCAGAUGCUUAAUUGACUGAGCCACCCAGGAGCUCUCUAUGGCUCUGUCUUUGCAACCAGAGCAGUUCCCCUAGGACCCAACUCAUUUUAGGGUACAGGUAUCAUUUUGGAUCCUCUCUGUACCUCUGCUUUUUCCUCUUGUCUUUUCCUAGUUUUCCAAGCAGAUCAUUAUGCUUUGAUUCUACAGAUUGGUUUGGCAACAAAAAUAUCCUUGCUCUCUGCCAAAAUUUGGGUCAAGCUUGAAAAGUAUAAGUGUAAAGAGAGAAAUUAUUUUUCCAUCUUAGCAAUUAGCCUCAGAAUUCCUCUCAUGGUGAGGAACUUUUUGGGUGAAAAGCUCAUAUGCAAUAAAUUGUAUUUUGUUGCAAGAGUGUGGCAGUUGCCAAGGUCAUAUAUUAUAGUUGGAGGUAAUAUACUAUAGCGGUUUAAAGAAGUUCUAGAAUCAGAUUGUAUUGGUUCAAAUCCCAGCCUACUACUUAUUAGCUGUGUGAACUUGGAAAAAUUACUAGACCUUUUGGUUUCUUGUCUGUAAAAAGGCUGAUAAUAUUAAUAGUUCCUAGGAUUUUUCUGAGGAAUAAAUGGAGUGAUACCUGUAAAACACAUAGUACAGUGCCUGAAAUAUGUGAAAUACUCAAUAGAUGGUAGCUGUUAUUAUUUUCAUUGUCAGAAGACGGAAAGGUCCUCCACAUGAGACACAGGGAAAGAGAAAGGAGGACAGGGGUUCAAGUCGAUCCGGAAAAACCUGGGACUCACAACACUAAGAUGGCAGAAUGAUUAAAACUAGUUCAGAUUUAAUAUUUCACAGGAAAUUGUUUGAAUUGCUGAGAUACAAGCCUUUUCCUUUCCUCCUCUUCCAAGUCAGUAAAAUCUACUAAAGUCAUUAAUCCUCCACGCUAUUAGUAGCGUGUGUUUAACACUGGUGAGGGUGUAGAGUUUCACGUCCAGAUUAAACUAUGCAUUAUAGAGAUAAUACACACGGUGGCAAGAAACACGGUGGCCGAAGAGUCUGAGAACCCGAGCCCGUCACUAAUUUGCUGGAAUUUUUGUAAGAGUUUUAUAUUUUGUAACAGAUCAAGACAAGCUUGCUCAGGUAAAAAGCACGGGAAAUCCCCAGCUGAUAUCUGGGUUGAAUGAGUAAUUUGUUUCUUUUCAUAUUUUUUCGGAAAAUGGAACAUGCCUUUGAUAGUACUCUCUAUCGCUCAUUCUCUGAAGGGUGUCAUACGCAUGCCAAGACUAACACGGUCACGUUAGUUACUACUACGAUGGUCACUCAAAGGUAAUUUCAAUCUUUACUUGCACCUGUAGAACAAAAAAGGGGCUCAAAGUUGUGUUCCCAAGCCAUGCUCUCUAAAACACACGUUACUGGCCCUGGCAAGAUGGCGGCGCCCGAGAAGUUACCGUUUCCGGAGAAACCAAGCCACAAAAAGUACCGGGCCGCCCUGAAGAAGGAGAAACGAAAGAAACGGCGGCAGGAACUCGCUCGACGGAGAGACUCAGGACUCUCCCAGAAGGAGGAGGAGGCUGCUUUUAUUGAAGAACAACACCCAGAAGAAGAGAUGCUGUCGGAGACCGAGAGGCAAAAAUCACACGAGGCGUGGCUGCUUCGGGAGCAGAAGGCGCAAGAAGAAUUCCGAAUCAAGAAGGAAAAGGAAGAGGCAGCUAGAAAACGGCAGGAAGAACAGGAGAGAAAGUUGAAGGAAGAGUGGGAAGAGCAGCAGAGAAAGGAGAGAGGAGAGGAGGAGCAGCAGAAGCUCCAGGAGAAGAGAGAAAGGGAGGAAGCUGCGCAGAAGACGCUGGAGCAGGCUGAAAGCGAGUUGGGAAAUGGUGCCACAUGGCAGAACCCAGAACCACCCACGGCCUUAAGGGUAAUGGAAAAAGAUCGAGCUAACUGUCCGUUCUACGGUAAAACAGGAGCGUGCAGAUUUGGAGACAGGUGUUUGCGUAAACACAAUUUCCCGUCGUCGAGUCCCACGCUUCUGAUUAAAAGCAUGUUUACGACAUUUGGAAUGGAGCAGUGCAGACGGGAUGACUAUGACCCCGAUGCGAGCCUCGAGUACAGUGAAGAGGAAACCUACCAGCAAUUCCUGGACUUCUAUGAUGACGUGCUGCCCGAGUUCAGGAGCGUGGGGAAAGUGAUCCAGUUCAAGGUCAGCUGCAACUUCGAACCUCACCUGAGGGGCAACGUGUACGUUCAGUAUCAAUCGGAAGAAGAAUGCCAAGCCGCCCUUUCUCUGUUUAACGGACGAUGGUACGCAGGACGGCAGCUUCGGUGCGAAUUCUGCCCCGUGACCCGAUGGAAAAUGGCAAUUUGUGGCUUAUUUGAAAUACAACAAUGUCCAAGAGGAAAACACUGCAACUUUCUUCAUGUGUUCCGAAAUCCCAACAAUGAGUUUUGGGAAGCUAAUAGAGACAUCUUCCUGUCUCCAGAUCGGACUGGCUCCUCCUUUGGCAAUGGCUCGGACAGGAGAGAGAGGACGGGCCACCAGGACGGAUACUACUGGAGGCCCGGGAGGCGGAGAAGCCCUAGUCCAUCGCAUUCCUACGAGAGAAGUGGGGAAGCUGAGAGGAAAAGGAAAAGCAGUCACCGGGGGAAGAAGUCUCACAAACACACGUCAAAGAGUCGCGAGAGGCACAGUUCACGCAGUAGAGGAAGAAAAAGGGACCGCAGCCGGAUCCGCGGCAGCCGCAGCCACAGUUCCUUCGGGUCCAGGAGUCCCGUCGGGAAGAGGUCAGGUAGCAGAGACAGAAGUACUCAGAGUCCCAAAUCCAAUUUUGUUCUUUAAAAAAAAAAAAGAAAUACACCUUACACGUCUUGUAAUUUCUCUGAGGGAUCUUACUUCUUUGUUAAAGAAAUAAAUGUAGCCUUUGUAGCUAAGGACUCACCUUC